GGAUUUUCUCAAGUUAAUAUCUUUAAUCAUUGCAAGUAAACCUGUCGCGCGUUUUGAGAUUUAUAGGAUUACUUAAAAUGCCUGCUGAAACACAGCCUAUCCUAAAAUUCACACGCCUAAGUGAACAUGCUUUCGCUCCUUUACGUGGUUCCGAGAAGGCUGCUGGUUUCGAUCUAAAGAGUGCAUAUGACUACAUAGUUCCUGCUCGCGGCAAAGAACUAGUGAAGACCGAUUUGCAGAUUGAACUGCCCUCAAGGUGUUAUGGCAGAGUGGCCCCACGCUCUGGCUUGGCGGUAAAAAACUUCAUUGAUGUUGGAGCUGGUGUGAUCGACGAAGACUAUAGAGGAAAUGUUGGAGUAGUGCUCUUCAAUCAUUCCGACCAAGAUUUUAAGGUGGCUAAAGGUGAUCGAAUUGCACAGUUAAUUUGUGAAAGGAUUUACUAUCCAGAUCUUGUUGAGGUUGGGAGCUUGUCAGAGACAAAGCGAGCUGAUGGAGGAUUUGGGUCUACAGGAACUCAAUAAAAUGAUAAACAUAAAACUGAUCUUCAUGUGAUACUUCUUUUUUAAUGUUUA